AUGGCGAGUCGCUACGCGCGCAAGAGCACGAGCCUCCGAGCCGCCAAGCGCUGGCUCGUGGACGAACUCGAGACCAUGGAAGCCCUCGCUGCCCCCCGCCGCGUGCACGCGAUCGACACGGUCGCCAGCAAGCAGAAGCUCCGCGCCCUGGGCGAGUUCUUCCCGUUAGUAGCCGUCGACGUGCGUCGUGACGUGCUCGUGGCCGCCAAUUACCGCGAAGACGUGGCCGCGGCCAUGCUGGGCGACUUGACGCUCGGGUCUGUCGCUUCUGCCUCUGCACAGCCGUCGAGCCCGACGCCGGAGCUGCUGUUCGUGGACCUCCACGCCGACGAGGACGCGGUCUCGGAGCUAGCAGACGAGGAGGACUGGAGCGAAGUGGCGGCGGCCAGCAACGGCACCGACGCGUGGGUCGUGAUCCAGGACGACUGGGAGGUCGUGGACAAGCACGGGGACACGGUGCGCACGUUCGCAGACGUCUUGCUCACGGAUUCUUCCGUCGUCACGACGACGCGGGCGGCGAAUGCGAAGCCGCGCGCGGCGCUGCUGUCGAUGGUCAAGCACGCGCGUGUCGCAGAGAAGGACGGGAGUGACUUGGCACUUCCCGUGUACGAGCUGGAGCGCGGUGCCAAGUCGUUUGGGGCACGGAAGCGCCGCUUGAUCAAGCACCGUCGAUAA